GAGCUUGUGCUGCGGUCAGGGCCAUCUUUGGUUGUUCUCGCCGGUCUCACCACAGUCAGUUUGCAAUUGUGAUACGUAAAAAAUUAUUAGAGCGAUAAUUGUUCGCAAAGAGGUGUUUUUUGCCACUCAUAGAACAAUAGACUGGUCCUGCAUAAAUAUUUUGUUUCAUCAACACCGUUUUGCAGAUUUUUUUGCAACGGAAAUUUGGCUAAAGACGGGAGAUCCACUGUAAUACAUCAUGGAUGAGGAAUAUGAUGUUAUCGUAUUGGGCACCGGACUCACAGAAUGUAUUCUCUCUGGGAUCAUGUCUGUUAAUGGGAAGAAAGUUUUGCAUAUGGACAGAAAUCCAUAUUAUGGUGGUGAAAGUUCCUCCAUCACACCCCUGGAGGAGCUCUAUAAGAGAUUUGGGAUUUCGGACAGCCCACCAGAGUCAAUGGGCCGGGGAAGAGACUGGAAUGUGGACCUUAUUCCUAAAUUCUUAAUGGCUAAUGGUCAGUUAGUUAAGAUGCUUCUAUACACUGAAGUGACCAGAUACCUUGACUUCAAAGUGGUCGAGGGAAGCUUUGUGUAUAAAGGAGGAAAAAUCUACAAAGUGCCCUCUACUGAGACAGAGGCACUGGCUUCAAACCUAAUGGGAAUGUUUGAGAAGAGACGCUUCCGCAAGUUCCUAGUUUUUGUGGCCAACUUUGAUGAGAAUGAUCCCAAGACUUUUGAGGGCGUCGAUCCCAAACUCACAACAAUGGGAGAAGUGUACAAGAAGUUUGACUUGGGACAGGAUGUCAUCGACUUCACGGGACAUGCCCUGGCCCUCUACAGGACAGACGAUUACCUAGAGCAGCCGUGUCUGGAGACCAUCAAUAGGAUCAAACUCUACAGUGAGUCUCUGGCACGCUACGGGAAGAGCCCAUACCUUUACCCUCUGUACGGACUGGGGGAGCUCCCUCAAGGGUUUGCUAGGUUAAGUGCAAUUUAUGGAGGAACCUACAUGCUGAACAAACCAGUGGAUGAGAUAGUGAUGGAGGGAGGACACGUGGUGGGCGUGAAAUCAGAGGGAGAGGUUGCCCGCUGCAAGCAGCUCAUCUGUGAUCCUAGCUACAUCCCGGACCGUGUGCACAAAGCCGGCCAGGUGAUCCGGGUCAUCUGCGUCCUCAGCCAUCCCAUUAAAAACACUAAUGAUGCCAAUUCCUGCCAGAUCAUCAUCCCUCAGAACCAGGUUAACCGCAAAUCAGAUAUCUAUGUUUGCAUGAUCUCCUACGCCCAUAAUGUGGCAGCUCAAGGGAAAUACAUUGCCAUUGCAAGCACCACUGUGGAGACCUCUGAUCCUGAAGCUGAAAUUGAACCUGCUCUGGAACUCCUUGAGCCCAUUGACCAAAAGUUUGUGGCCAUCAGUGAUAUGUAUGAACCCAGAGAUGAUGGUACAGAGAGCCAGAUUUUUGCAUCACGGUCCUACGAUGCCACCACUCAUUUCGAAACGACAUGUAACGACAUCAAGGACAUCUACAAGCGCAUGACAGGCAGCGACUUCGACUUUGAGAACAUGAAGCGUAAACAGAACGACGUCUUCGGCGAGGACGAGCAGUGAGGGGUGGAGAAGUGACGGAGGAGUGGAGAGGCAAUGAUCAGGUGGAGGGAGAGAUGAGGCUGCGUUCAAAGGAUUGACAACGCUUUAAAUCUCUUUCAACCAGCCUUAUCUUUAUCCUUAUCUGCUCAUUCCCUCAACACUCCUCCGGUGUCUCUGUUCGGAUACUUACAGUUCAGCACACAGACACACAAAUGCUCUAUUGCUCACAUUCCACAACUCUGCACUACAAAGUGGGCUCACACCAACAUGCUAUUUUAGAUUCAUACACAAGCAGUAUGCAUCGUUUGCGCAAAAUAUCCUGCUGAAGUGAAACACGUCUCUUUCUGUUCUCUGAAAAUCAUCUUUGACUGAAGCCCACAGAUGUGAACGAUUCCUCGAAUACUGAAGGUGAUUUAAAACAAUUUCUCAUCAACUUUGGUGAACUGUCCUCAGAAUGUUAGUUUAGCAUACUGCCGUCACUUUUUCAUGUGAACACUACAGCAGCUUUCCUGUACUUUGGGAAAGUGUCACUGAGCAAAAUAGUACGAUUAUGAAACGCUCUCAAUUAAAAACUAGUGUUUGACACCUGGAAAAGGAUGUAAUAUGAUAUCGACAAUAUUUAAAACACAGAAGUCGUACAAAAAUAAAUCGGACUUUGCUAGAUCCAGCAAUCAAAACCUGAACUGACGGUCUUAUAAGUCUCAUAUCAUUGCAUUUUCUAAUCAUGAUCCUUCUGCUCUAUCACUUUAAAGGUAUUUAGUUCUUUUUUAUGAUUAUUAUUGGAGACAACUAAAUUGAAUGAGAUGUAUAAUAUGCAGUAUAGAAGUGAAUUGUAAGCCAUUAACUUGUAGCUAACAUUACAGUCUUUGUGCUAACUUAAAAACAUUGUAUGGCCUCACAAUGAUCUGUCGACCUUAUUCUACAUUCCUCAUCCUCCUGCUAUCAUUCUUGUUUGUAGUAAAAAAAAAAAAAAAAAAACAAUACAGACAGCUGGUAUUGAAUGCAGAUGUGAGCAAAAAUGCAUAAUGAGUCGAUCGCUUACGGGAAAUGAGUCUUAAUAAGAACGUGGAAGCAAUUUUCACUCCCACAGCUGCAGAAGUAAAUGAUAAUGUGAAUUUAAUGAGUAUCAGAUCCUUUGGUAUUCAAUAGUAGCCAUAUCUGUUGGUAAUCUGGCUUUUGUAAACCAGGCUGACUAAAUAUAUUCAUGCUCUUAACUUUGAAUUGUGAUGAACACUAUGCCUCUCCCUGUGUACUGUAAAGAUUCUCACUCUUCAUGCAACUAAACCACAUCUUCGAUUUCUAUUUUAUCAGUGAUUGACACAUGCAGUCUCUGCAUUUACACUUGGCUGUUAGAAACCACAAGACAAACUUAGUAUUGAACUAUGACUGGUCAUUUUCACCAUUACUUAUAUCCCUAUUCAUGCUUGUUUUUGUUUUCAAAUGAAUUGAUCUGCCAUCAAUAGUUAUAGUGGACUCUAGUCUGGACCAGAUGAUAAUGGUGUGCUGUCUGAACUCUUACUGUACAGCUUUCAGUGUAGAAUAUACAAGCAUUGUCAUGUUUUCCAUACUCGCCUUUGCUGAGAAAAAGCCUUUGACUCGAGUUCCCUCCCUCCCUCCUUUCCUCUUUAUUUUAAAUGGAAAACAAGGAGUGUGACAGUUUCAUUACAUUCUUGAAUUUUAUUGGGCCAAAUUCACUUAUGGCCUUAUUGAUUCAUGUAGAAGCAUACAGGUCUUGAACUCUUUCCUUAGUGCACAAAUUAGAUGGAUUAAUGAUAACUGGAAUCAAGUAGAAUAACGCUGCAUUGCUCUAUUUGUUAUCUUUUGCACCUCUCCAGCAUAUUGUUGCAUAUGUUUGGAUUAACUGUUUUGUACUGUAUUUAUUUUCAUUUUGUCUUUCAUUUUCAAUGUUGAAACAACUAAACAUCUUUAAAAAACUGACACACAAACCCGACAAUUUUAAGUUGUGAAUUUCAUCUCGUGUUUGAGCAGUCUUGUGCAACAAAAAUAAAAAUGGAUAAAAUGAAACUCA